AGUGCCGCUCUUUCUUCUGCCGCAAGUUUUCAGCUGAACUAAACCCAAACAAAUGGAGGCGGCGGCAGAGUUUUGCGGCACAAACAUGAGCGAUGUGUGCAAACGACGCCGAGUCAAAGCCGUGAAAUGCCCGGACAAAAGCGGAGAUACAGCGUGCGCUUCCCCCCGGGGCGCGUUAAAAAGAUCAUGCAGAAGGACACAGAGGUGGGAAGGAUCGCGAUGGCCGUACCCGUCCUCAUCUCUCGAGCUCUGGAGAUGUUCCUAAAAGCUCUUCUGACUAAAACCUUUUUAAUCACACAGUCCAAGUUAAGCACGGUGCUGUCGGUCGCUCACAUGAGGCAGUGCAUUGAGUCGGAGAGACUGUUCCACUUCCUGUUGGAUUUACUGGAGCAAAUGUCAACAGCUCAGAAGAAAGAUCCCAAAAACAUGAGCAUCUGGCCCCUGUACAGGUCGUCACAUCAUGAGAAUUCUGUAAAGAAACCAACAGAGCCUUUUUACAGGCUGUCACAUCAUGAGAUUCCUGUGAAGAAGAAACCAGAGGUGAAAGAAACGGCUCCACGACAGAGUUUAGACUCACUCAAUGAUGACUACGACUCCAGUGAGCCUGAGCUUGUGAUUUGUCUUUGAGUGACUUUUAUAAAAAUCGACCUAUGUGACCUUUUCAUAUAUAGUUGUGUAUAUUAUUAUUAUUUAUGUUAUGAAAUGUUGCUAUUAUUAAGUUAUAAUUCAUGGUACAGAAGUUUCAGUGGUUCAUUGCUUGGGAAAUAACUGCUCUUUAAUUUUCUGUUUUAAAGAACUGAAAUAUUGAUGAAUUAGAUUUUUUUUUCUUUUUCUUCUUUCUGAGUUUAUGUAAUUAAUUUGUAGAAAAACACAGACAUCUUGCAUCUUGUUUUAAAAUGUAAGUUUGGCUAAAAAGUAGAGUUUUUGUUUUGAUUUUCUAAACAAGAUGUGAAAAGUGUAUUUCAGUCCUCUUUAAAACCAGAGUGCUUGUUACGCUAAAUUUAGUUGUGCAUUUAGCUUUUAGAGCACUUGUAAAUAUGUGUUUUAGAGACAGGAAACUAAUGAAAUGUAAAUAUAUAAGAUUAAAA